AUGAGAAGGUACAGAAGUAAGAUUAAAGAAAGAAAACUAAUGUUAGAAUCCAUUGAUACACCUGCCAAAGAUAAGAGUCCUACUAAAGCAUUUGCCUCAAAAAGCUCAUAUGAAAAAGCGGGCAGUACCCAGGUUACCGUGAGGAAGAGGAAACAACCAGAAUCCGAUCAUAGUCAUGAUGAAAUAGCUAGAUUUGCCUCGGAGGUUAGGGAGUCAUUAAAAAGGUUGGAGGAAAAAAUAGACAGCAAGUUUACCAAUUUGGAUAAGAAAGUGUCUUCAAUGCAAUCCGACCUGUCCACUUUAUCAAACAACUUUGCGGAUAUGAAGGGCGAAAUAAACGCUCUCAGCGCGGACCACCGCAAUGUGGUAGGACGUGUUGGAAUGAUUGAAAAUCAUCUUAAUGAUGCUGUUACCAGUCUGGAGCAGAAACACACUGAAGUGGUGGGGGAACUAUCUUCCUUACAAGCCGCGAUUCAGUUUCAGUUUAACCAACAGGCGGACAUCUUACAGCGAACUUUGGACUUGGAAACUGUCACGAAAACCAUUGAUACAUCUACCGACUUGGUGGCAACCUUGGAGACGAAGAUUGACUCCCUCGAACAGCACGCGCGACAGUGCAAUGUUGAGAUUACUAACGUCCCAGAAAGGAAAAAUGAGAAUAUUCUGAAGUUGGUGGUGUCUAUUUGUAGCCCAAAUGUUAAGAACUUUUUAAUCGCUGGAGACUUUAACCUGCCUGAGUUAAAAUGGACUGAGAAUCCUAGUUGUAAACAAACUUUAGUUUGCACCGCUACCGUCUCAUCUGAUUUGGCUCAGGAACUAACAAGGUUUAUGUAG